AUGACGGUAGACACAUUCAACGACGAGAAGCCACCACAAACCCCAGUGUCUCCGACCAAAACGGAUACAUCAACAUUGCGAGGUGACGCCAUUAUUGAGAUUGGGGAGAUUCCUCUCCAGGUUUCGCAGUCCAGCCCAGAGGGUUGUCAACCAGCUGGAGAUGGUGUACAGCUCGGGGACGAGAAGCGGCCUGGAUUCUUGCGACGUGUGACAGGGUCGUUCAAGUCAGUGCCAGAGCCUGAACAUGUGACUGAGACAAGAACAAAAACCUUGGAAAACUGUCCCAAUGGAUUUCCCAGACUUGCAGCUUUCCAGUCAAGCGAUUCUAACUUCGGAUUGUACCGUUCAUACAGCUAUCUACACUCUCGCGUCCUGUUAGAUCUUCAAGAUGAGAUCACAGAGCUUGAAAAAGAACUUGAUCAGCUCGACUGGGACGAUCAUGAUGAAGAUGAAGAUCGCCCACGAUUUAGAGAGAUUGCGACAGAUCACGCUGAGGGAGAAGACGAGCUCCGGACUCGCAGGGUCGUCCUCCGGGAAAUCAAGAGUAGGCUGAUGGAGUACGACGAAGUCCUUAUCAAUGUUCGAAGGUUAGAAGCAUUUCAAAAACCCUCCGACCGUGACUAUCGCAGUGUUCGACGGUAUCAUACCAACACCAAACCUCUUAUGGACGCUGAGAUGGACUCCAUUCGUAGCAAAGAAGACAUUGUCUCCAUCAGCACCGGCCGUGAACGAGCAGCGUUCGAUGGCGGUGUUGAAACAUUGAUAGGGCAGGUUGAUGGCACUGUGAAGAGAAUCUUCAACCUCAAACAGCCACCGCUUUUGAAAUACUUCCGUACGCCUGAGCUCGCGGCUAAGACGGUCAACACAGAUGUAUCCUUAUACAGUGCCUCGCGUAUCGACAAGAUGGUCAACAUCUUCAUCACCUUUGUCAUCUUCAUCUUGCUGGUCAUUCCGAUUAUCACCAUGUAUCAUUUGACGAGCACCAUCGCUAUGGACAGCAACACUCCGGCUGUCACCUCACGCAACACCUUCAAUGCCGUCGGGGUACUCAUCGUGUUCACUUUGUUGUUCAGUGCUGCUAUGAGUGUCUUGACUAAGGCUGCGAGGCAUGAAAUGUUUGCCGCCUCAGCAGCCUAUUGUGCCAUUCUGGUUGUUUUUAUUGGCAACUUCACUGGGCCAAAUAAUUAG